CCCCCACCCCCCGCACGGCCGCCUCCUCAUCUCUCGAUCUCUCGCUCUCUCCCACGCGCGCAGGCCGCCUCCGCCUCCUCGCUCGCUCGCCAGGCGGCCAGGUGCGCCCGCGCGGGCGGCGGGGGCAGCACCGCAGCUAGGCCGCAAGGGUCAGCGGGCGGCCGGGCCGCCGUGGCAACGCCGCAGCAGGCGAGACGGCGACGCGCGGGGACGGGGAUGGGCAGAAAUUAGCCCCCGCGAAUGUUAACGGGGAUGGGGACGGGGAAAUUUUCUACCUGCGGGGACGGGGAUGGGGAGGCGUUCCCCGACGGGUAAUUCCCCGUUGCCAUCCCUAAUUCCAAUCCUGCGCACGUGGACCCCACCGCACACGUGGUGCGGUCAUCUCUCGCCAUCUCGCGUCCCGCGACUCCUGCCGCCUCUCCUCUCUUGCCCUCCCAUCCGGGCGCCCCCUGCCCCUGGAUUGCAGCCAAGAAAGAAAGCUGCCGCCCACAGUUUCCGAAUUCCCAUCACCGUCCAAGAAUCUGGAGCCAAGGGUACAGGGGUAGCGGAUCCGCCAAAACCACACACACGCCGGUCCGUCCUCCGUCCCAGUUCUUUUCGUCCGGGAGCCGGCGGCGCUUCUUGAGAGCGCUACUUCUUCGCGGAGACAUGGAUCAGUCCAAGGAAAAUGCAGAAUUCCCAAGCUGUGAUGCCUACUUUGAAGCUAUCCAAUCCAAAAAGAAGCUGCCACUAUCUUUGCAAGAAUCACUGACUGCUGCCUUUGCUCAGAUUCCAGUCUCAUCCUUCCCUGAGGUUCCUACUGGCCGAGUAAUUGAAAUUCCUGGUGACACCUCUGUUCUUGAGGCUGUGAGGAUUCUCUCGGAACACAACAUAAGGGCAGCACCCGUGCUGAAUCCGGAACCUGGGGCCCUAGCUGAUUGGAAAGGGCGGUAUCUUGGUGUUAUUGAUUACUCGGCAGUCAUCCUUUGGGUACUGGAAAAUGCUGAGCUUGCUUCUGUUGCUCUCUCCGCUGGAUCGGCAACUGCUGCAGGAGUUGGAAUGGGUGCUGUUGGUGCAGUGGGGGUCACAGCAUUGGGUGCAACUGGCCCAGCGGCAGUGGCUGGCUUGACUGCAGCUGCAGUAGGGGCUGCUGUUGCUGGUGGGUUAACUGCUGAAAUGGGUGUGGCAAAGGAUGGUUUAGCUUCCGCAGAUCACUUAGGAGAAGAUUUCUACAAAGUUUUGCUUGAACAAGAACCUUUCAAAUCAACAACAGUUCGUUCAAUUGUGGAGUCAUACCACUGGUCUCCUUUUGUCCCCAUUACAUUAGACAGUUCCAUGCUUACUGUACUACUAUUGCUCUCCAAGUACAGAUUGAGAAAUGUCCCAGUGAUUGAGCCUGACAAACCUGUUAUCAAGAACUUCAUUACUCAGACUGGUGUUGUCAAAGGACUGCAGCAGUGUAAAGGAAGGGAUUGGUUUGACUACAUUUCUGCACUUCCUCUUUCAGACUUGGGACUUCCUUUUAUGUCGAUCGAUGAGGUUAUCACCGUGAAGAGUGAUGAUCUAAUAUUAGAAGCUUUCAAGUGCAUGAAGGAUAACAAAAUUGGUGGUGUACCAGUAGUGGAAGGGCCCAAAAGGAAACUUGUUGGCAGUGUGAGCAUAAGGGAUAUUCGCUUUCUGCUGCUUAGACCUGACUUAUUUUCGAAUUUCAGGCAACUUACUGUCAUUGAAUUUAUGAAGACUCUAGGUUCCACUCUUCCUGAUUCAGGGAACAACUGCCUGGUGCAGCCGCCACCCACCUGUGCCCCUGACACUUCCCUUGGUAGUGUUAUUGACAGCAUUGCAUCAAGAAUAACCCACCGUAUAUAUGUAGUGGAUGGUGACCUUGAGGUUGUCGGUGUUGUGACCCUGCGCGAUGUGAUCUCGUGCUUCAUCCACGAGCCACCUGGUUACUGGGACACCUAUUUGGCUUCAGCAAUAUUGGAGAAGCAUCAGGGCAAAGGAGCCAGAUCAGUGGAGAAAGCUAGAGCUUUAUGUAACGUGAAUGUGGGAAUAACAGGCCGAGUUCAUGUGGUCUCUUUAGUUGGAAUCAUGCUUUCAGAUUGUGUUAAUCGUGUAAAUUCUGCGUAGAUUAAGAAGGCUUCUGAGUCCUCUCAAAUACAGUUUAUUACUGCCGUUUCUUGAGUAGUUUGAUGAUCAAAUAUAUGUGUUAACAAUCA